AUGGACGCCGGGAUAACAUUCGGACGCGCGUUUCUUCCGUGCACCUUGCUGCUUUUGGCACUCCAAGUUUGCAGCGGUGGCGUGAUCGUCAAAGUGACUCCCUCAAUAGAAGUGAUCAAAGGAGAAACCGCCAUACUGCCCUGCACACACACCAUCACCCCCUCGUCAUCCAGCCCCAACAUGGUCGAAUGGUUCAUUGAGGAGCAGGAGACCAGGAAGCGUGUUGCGUUCCGCCAGGGAGGUCAGAGCAAAAGUGACGACGACACCCCUCUGUCCAAUCGCGUCACUAUCGGGGAGGACUUCACCUUGACCAUCACAUCUGUGAAACCGGCGGACGAGCUCAAGUUCUUCUGCCAGGUCACCGCGGGACCAGCUGGUGUGGGCGAAGCCACCACUGAGCUCAAAGUCUUCUUUGCCCCUGAGAAGCCGGAGUUGACCAGAUCUUCAAGCCAAGCUGUUUUUGUGGACCAGUCAUCGAGCUCUGAGAUUGGCAAAUGUGUGACCAGAAACGGACACCCUCAGCCCAGGAUCAUCUGGUUCAAAAAGGAUGAACCUCUGCCUGAGGUCAAAGACAGAGAUCAAAAGACCUACAUGGUUCCAUCGGUGGUGAAGGAGGCGUCUGGACUGGUCAGUAUCACCAGUACCCUCUACAGUAACCCCACCAAGGCCGAUAAGGACGCUGUGUUCUACUGCGUGGUGGAGUACAAAAUGCCAGGAGGACAGGUGAAGCAGAUGAAGUCGGACCCCAUGACCAUCAACCUCAACUAUCCUUCAGAGAGCGCCACCUUCACCCUGUCCAACACAGCUCCAGUCAAAGAGGGUGACACAGUGACCAUGAUUUGUGAGACCGACGGGAACCCACAGCCUGAUUUUGAGUUCAGCAAAGAAGGUAAAUCCCUUCAGGGAGAGGGAGGAAAGCUGAUUAUCAAAUCCGUCAAGCGCACAGAUGCCGGAAAAUACCACUGCACAGCUACGGAUUUUGACAACAUAGAGGCCGACCUGAGCGGAGAAAUCACCCUGACCGUUUCUUACAUUGACCCAGUUAGCGUGAUCCCAGCCGAGCCUCAAGUCGUAAUGCUCGGAGACAAGGUGGAAUGGCAGUGCAAGACCAAAGGAUCUGCUCCACACACAGUUCAAUGGAAGAAGGGCUCUGAGGUUCUUUCCCAGGAUGGUACUCUGUCGAUCCAGGAGGUCUCUUAUGAAAAAGCCGGACAGUACAUGUGUGUAGGAGCUGUGCCUUCUGUCCCUGGACUCGAGAGCCACGCGACCGUCAACCUCACCGUCAAAGGAAAACCAGUGAUCCUCCCGCCCACCAUUGGAGAGGUCUCAAAGGAAGGGGACAUGGUGACUCUCAUGUGUGCGUCGUACGGUUUCCCAGCGCCACAAUUCACCUGGAAGCCGGCGGGGAAAGAGUCCGUGACAGUAGAAGAGAACAAAGUGGUGAGCUCCGUGACGCUGCAGGCCACUCCCGAGCUCAUGAAAGCCGGCGUUUCCUGCGAGGUCGCCAACGAGUUCGGCAAAGACCAAAAGAUGGUCUCGGUUGCCCUAAAAAGAGCAGCUAAAAACAACGCUGACAGAGCCGACAUGCAGCAGGGCGGCUCCAGCUCGGUGGUGAUCGCGGUGGUAGUGUGCGUUCUGCUGCUGCUGCUGCUGGUCGCCCUCUUCUACUUCCUCAACAAGAAGGACAAGCUCCCCUGCGGCAAGAAGGGCAAGAAGGAUGUGGCCAAUGGAGAGGUCAACAAUGAGAUCGUGGUGGAGAUGAAGACAGAAAAGGCCAAUGAAGACUCGGGGCUCCUCAAAAAGAGACCGUCCACUGAGCAGUGA